UUCCGGCCGGGGCCUCCCAGCUGGACGAGGCGGCGGCGGCCGAGCGGGCGAGGCGCCCCGGGGACCGGCAGAGGCGCACCGGGACCAGACGCCCCCGCCAUGACCAGCUCCCCCGUGUCCAGGGUGGUCUACAACGGCAAGAGGACCGGCAGCCCGCGCUCGCCUCCCCGCAGCAGCGAGAUCUUCACGCCGGCCCAUGAAGAGAAUGUGCGCUUCAUCUACGAAGCCUGGCAGGGCGUGGAGCGGGAGCUGCGUGGCCAAGUGGGGGGCAGCGAGCGGGGCCUGGUGGAGGAGUACGUGGAGAAGGUCCCCAACCCCAGCCUCAAGACCUUCAAGCCCAUUGACCUGAGCGACCUGAAGCGCAGGAACACACAGGACGCCAAGAAAUGCUGAGGUGCCCGUGGAGGUCCCGGGAUGUGCUGGGCUUCUCCGGACACCCCAGUCCUGAAAAGCCAGGACCCUGUCGGUCCGUUGUGUCCCGUUCCCCCCACCCCCCGGGCCUUGGUCUGGGCUCCUGACCCUGCGGCUCACCCCCCUGGCUGCACAGGCGGGACUGGCCUGAGUCCUGAUGGGUGCAGACCCCUGCCCUCUUCUUUGGACUCGGUGGAGCUCCUGGCCCUCCCAGCGGUUGGUCCUGCCUCUCCUGGCAUCACUUCUGGCACCCGGCCUGGUGCUGGGCAGCCUUGGGCCCUUCCCACCAGACCCUGAGUGCUAGGGGACAUGAAUAAAGGCAGGUGGAACCAG